AUGGUCUUUGGCGAUUACUUCCGCCGCCGCAUCGUACCUCUCCAAGAGCGGUCCCGCGGCACGUGGGAGUACACUGGACCCAACGAUCCCAUGCGCACCCAUGUGGGUGAGCGCUGGGACUGGGGCGAGGACGACGCGAAGACGGUGAUUCGUCGGGUGCUGGGUCUGGACACCGCCGAGCAAACACUGAUCCCAGACAGGAUCCUUCCCAUCUGCAGCGACCGCGACCGGGAAAGUAUCCUGGCUGUGAUGUCGGCCGUCGGCGCCGGCAGGGGUCGGUCCCGCCGGGGCAGCGCCGUCGGCAUGGGUAGCAGCGGCGCGACCGUGCUCGCCACCGCCGAUUCCACCGUCCGGGAGGGGCUCAACGCCCAAGUACAAGCCCCGGCGGAGGAGCGGGCGGCCCUGGAGGCAGAGUGGGCACAGCUUGUGGCGGACCGCGCGCGGGUUGACGAGGGGCGCCGCGCCGUGGACGACAUGGUGGAGGUGGGGCGCAAAAUGCGCCAAGCCCAACUGGCAGAGAUCCAGACGCGUGAGGAGGCGGCACUGAUCACCUCAAGCAUCCUAGAUGAAGCGCUGGGUGACAUCCGCUUGCAGUACGAGGCCUAUGCGAAGGACCUGACGAAGAGGGUCGAAAAUGCCUGCGGUGUCAUUGAUGCGGCUGCCGCCCAAGAGCGGCGGGCCUCGGAGGCCGACGCCUCGCUGCGGGCUCGGACGGCGGCGCUCGAGGCCGAACGCAAGGCCUUGGACGAGCGCGCUCGCUCCGCGCAGGAGUUUGAGGCCACGGUUCGUCGGCGAAUCGAGGUCCUCGACCGGAACCAGCGCGAGCAAGACGCGCGCAGCCGGGAGCAGGCGCAGCGAGCCCAGGAGUUGGAGGAGCAGGCUCAGGCGCUAGAGGAGCAAGCACGUUUGCUAGACCAGCGGGAGUCCACCUUGGCCGCCCACGAGAGAACGGCGACGGAAGCGGAGGCCUCCCUUCGUCUUCGUGAGGAGGCCGCAGCCGAGCGUGACCAGACGACCCUUGCUGCGAAGGCUUCGGCGGCCCGUCGUGUAGAGGAGCUACGGCUCCGGGAAGAGGCGUGCCGGGAACGGGACGCCGCGCUCGCCGAGCGCAAGGCCGAGGGUGUGACACUGGGCGAGCAACUCGCGGAACGCGAGGAGGCCGUCACCGGGCGCGAGGCUCGGCAUCUGGAGAGCGCUCGUGCCGAGCGCGCGGCGAUGGCGGCGAGGGCUUCUAAGCUGGAAGGCCGGGAGAAGGACCUGGCGGCGGGCGGGUAG